AUGACUCUGCGUAACACGGUCAUUCACGGGUUCGAAGAGGUGAUUGGUGGUGUUUCGGGUUUGUUCACGAGUGAAGUGAAAAGCAGCUGCUUCUCCUUCGCCUACCGUGUGAACACCGUUGCGCCUUACACUGUGGUAUACCCCGGGGGUAUCCUUGGGAGCAUUAUGAAGGGGCUCGUGCGUUCAUACUUCCUGGUGUUCCAGCAAUCGCUGAUAAACUUCAAGGGCAUAUUUGCGCUACUCAUCGGUAUUAUCUGCAAAACAAGAAUCAUACAAGCAGCUGUCAGCGCGAUCAAGCCUGUAUUCCGCUUGGCCAGACGCGGGGCGCGUGGCUUUCAAAUGUUCAGGUCAAAAACAAUCGCCAUGAGGGGAGACCCGGUGGGCCAGGGCGUCAUAGACCGUUUGUUCAAGCGAGAGGCAGUCGUUCUCACUACCAUUCUUUUCCAAAUGCACGCAGUUGACGUGCAGCAACAGUACACGGAGGCUGAGGAAAUCAAGAGUGCCCUAUCAGGCGCCGGGGGAUCGUGGGCCCUCGCCGAAGGUCUAUUCAUCGGAGGAGCCGAAUUUGGUCGUGCUUUCUUCAGCUUGGUGAGGAGAUACAGAAAAAGUGCAAUGGCAUACGUGCAGGCGUGUGAAGCGCUCAAGAGUGGCAGUUUGGACCGCGCCACGGAGCCCCCCACGGAGAACGCAGAGGGUGCGCCACAGGAAAGGCCUGCUGCGGACGCAUCUGUGGAGAACUUGCUAGAAGAUGCACUGGAGUUCUUCGAUAACGCUCACCCCGAGGCGUCAGGAGGAGAUGAGGCCCUUACAACGGUGCAAAAGAUGAAGUUGCUGGCGCAGAGCUGCAGGAAGAACCGGCGUUUUGUGGAGACCUACGAGAAGAGGCAUUACGACUAUACAAAACGGUUGAUCAUUCAAAUGGUGCGCGUUUUGAAAUAUUAUUUCAAGUACUUCAAGUCAUACAUUGCUGACAUCCUCUCCAUCUUCUACGAGUCGGCCAUAGUGAUGCUCGAAACGAAGAUCAACGAUUCAGUCGGUGCAGCCGAAGGGUCUAACAGUCCUGCAGACGAAAUGGUAGCCGCUGAAGCGCGUCAUGCAGCAAGAAGAAGUGCUGCACAAUCAGCAACGGAUGAAACCCAACUCCCCAGGAAACUCUUCAGGGUGCCAAAGUUCGCAGAGGAAGCCACAAGGCUAGCAAACGGGUUCUUUGAAGCCAGUAAGUGCCAACACCGGCGUCUGUUCUGCUGA